AUGCUUGAGUUUGGCACAAGUGUCAAAGCUAACCGCUGUGAAGGAGGUUCAACGGAUCUAAGCAAGAUUUGGUGGAAUCAGAUGCUUGAGUUCGAGCAGUUUUUGAUUUUCGUUUUCUUUUCGGGUCAAAACGAGAAGACCAGAUCCGACCUUGACCUCGAUCCCCUGCCUCCUGAUUGGUCGAUUUGUUUGUUUUUUUUAUGUAAAAUCAGUUCAUUAAGGACAAUUUCGGAAUUCACUCUUUCCUUCAACAAAAGAGUGUUUCGGAUCAAAAUUGAGUAUAAUAGACAAUAG